CGGCAGGUCCCGCCGUGGCGCGCGCUGGAGCUGGUGCGACGGCAUGGGCUGGUCUCGGGACGUGCUCCGCGUCCUGUGGAGAGCGCUGUCAAAGGAAGUGAAGCAGCAAGUGGGCACAGGCCGGUUCGGGAACAGAUACUACUAUAUCCCGGAGCACAAGAACUGGAGAGGACAAACUAUUCGAGAGAAAAGAAUUGUAGAAGCAGCAAAUAAAAGAGAAAUAGACUAUGAAGCAGGGGAUAUCCCAACAGAAUGGGAAGCUUGGAUCAGAAAAACAAGAAAGACUCCGCCUACUGUGGAGGAAAUAAUGAAGAGUGAAAAAUACACAGAAGAAAUUAAAAUGAAAGACAAAGAUUGUUAUGAAGAAGAAAAACUCCUUAGAGAAGAGAGCAACAAGGAACUCGUGACUCCACCAGUUCAAACUCAGAUUAAAGGGCAUGCCUCUGCUCCGUACUUUGGAAAAGAAGAACCUUCAGUGGCUCCCACCAGCACUGGUAAAACCUUUCAGCCGGGAUCCUGCGUGCCACAAGACGGCAAGAGCCACAAUCAGUGAAUGCACUGUAGUAACAUCAUUUCAUUUAUAUGUGUGUGACUAUUUUAACAAAUAAAAACAAAAGGUUACUUUGUAAAAAAAAAAAAAGUAUGCAAUGUGUGUGUGUGAGAGAGAG